CACGACGGCAAGGCCACGAAGACGCAUUAUUGGAGACUGAUAUUCUGAUUUUGGUGUUGGUGACCCCGAAUAAUGAAAAGGCAGUAAAUCAGCAUUCAGGAGGGGCCGAGUGUGUUCUCUGUAAACCAAACUGUGUUUUCGUUCAUUUAAAACAUGGAUUCAUUUUUUAGAAAGGUUUUAAUAGUCACUUUAUCGUUGGCUGUGUGUACCGGCGAUGAACAUGACCAUAAGUACGACUCGGGCGAGGAGGUGGUGCUAUGGAUGAACACCGUGGGCCCGUACCACAACCGCCAGGAGACCUACAGCUACUUCUCGCUACCCUUCUGCAAAGGCAACAAGGCGGGAAUCAGCCACUAUCACGAGACGCUGGGAGAGGCGCUGCAGGGCGUCGAGCUGGAGUUCAGCGGGCUCGACAUUCAGUUCAACUCCAACCAGCCGAAGGAGACGUACUGUCAGAUCGCGCUGGACGAAGAGGGCCUGGCCGCCUUCCGGUAUGCCGUACGAAACCACUACUGGUACCAAAUGUACAUCGACGACCUGCCCAUCUGGGGCAUCAUCGGAGAGUCGGACGAGGAUGGAGAGUACCUGUGGACCCACAAGCGCUUCGACAUCGGCGUCAACGACGGCAUGAUCGUGGACGUCAACCUGACGUCCGAGGCGAAGGUGAAAUUGACCCUGGGCGCUAAGAUACCUUUGACGUACGAAGUCGUGUGGAAGAAGUCUGCCGUCAAGUUCGAGGACAGAUUCGACAAGUACCUGGAUCCCAGCUUUUUCCAACACCGGAUCCACUGGUUCAGCAUAUUCAACAGCUUCAUGAUGGUGAUCUUCCUGGUGGGCCUUGUGUCCAUGAUCCUGAUGCGAACGCUGAAGAAGGACUACCAGCGCUACAGCAGGGACGAGGAGAUGGACGACGUGGAGCGUGAUCUCGGGGACGAGUAUGGCUGGAAGCAGGUGCACGGCGACGUCUUCCGCCCGGCCAGCCACCCCAUCAUUUUCUCGGCGCUGAUCGGCACCGGCUGCCAGGUGGCGGCCGUGGUGCUGCUGGUGGUGCUGAUCGCCAUCAUCGGCGAGCUGUACACGGAGCGAGGCAGUCUGCUGAGCACGGCCAUCUUCGUGUACGCCGCCACCAGCCCUGUCAACGGGUACUUCGGCGGCGGCCUGUACGCCCGCAUGGGCGGCAAGAUCUGGAUCCGCCAGAUGGCAGUGUCGGCGGCGCUGCUGCCCGCCCUGGUCUGCGGCACCGCCUUCCUCAUCAACUUCAUCGCGCUCUACUACCACGCCAGCCGGGCCAUCCCCUUCGUCACCAUGCUGGCGGUGGCCUGUAUCUGCCUGUUCGUCAUUCUGCCGCUGACCCUGGUCGGCACAGUGCUGGGCAGGAACCUGAACGGCCAGGCCGACUUCCCCUGCAGAGUGAACGCCGUGCCCCGUCCGAUACCGGAGAAGAAGUGGUUCAUGGAGCCCUGGGUCAUCAUCCCGCUCGGUGGCGUGUUGCCCUUCGGCAGUAUCUUCAUUGAGAUGUACUUCAUCUUCACGUCGUUCUGGGCGUACAAGAUUUACUACGUGUACGGCUUCAUGCUGCUGGUGCUGCUCAUCCUGUCGGUGGUCUCCGUCUGCGUCACCAUCGUCUGCACCUACUUCCUGCUCAACGCUGAAGACUACCGAUGGCAGUGGACCAGCUUCCUGGCCGGCUGCUCCACCUCGGCUUACGUCUACAUGUACUCCAUCUACUAUUUCUUCUUCAAGACCAAAAUGUACGGCCUGUUCCAGACAGCAUUCUACUUCACCUACAUGGGCCUCUUCAGUUCCGUGCUCGGCAUCAUGUGCGGCACCAUCGGCUACCUUGGCACCAACUACUUCGUCCACAAGAUCUACAGCACCGUCAAGAUCGACUAGCCGGGCGGCGGUCUCCGCCCAGCCCCGGAAGCCGGGGCCAUUGUUACGCGGCGCGGCGCGGCGCGGCGCAGCACGAACGCCCGACAUUUGGCAGCCGCGGAGGCCGUCCAGAGCUGCCAGAUCCGCCGGGCGUCGGUGUCUGUUGUCCUUAGUCGGACCGUCUGCUGUCGGAUGGACGCUCAGCGCACGUCGACGCUGCCAGAGCGGCGCGGCCGGCCGCCGCUGGCCGGGUGAGCUGGCCGCAGCCCGUCUGAGGGUGUGGGGACGUGCGGAGCCCCGCCGCCGGGUGUGCGGUGCUGGAGGCCUGGCCAGGCACUGCCGUGUGUGGAACGUUCGGACCGGCGCCAGGGGGAGCGGCGGCCGGGCUGCGCCCCGAUCUCCGGACCGUGCGUGGCAGUAGGAGCUCGGGCGCCGGCCGCGCGCCGGCCGCCCCCCGAACACCUGAGGCGGGGACGGCGCCGGCCGGGCUGUCGGACAGACGGCGAGCCGUGCCGACCGGCUGAGCGCUAUAAGACCGAGCGGGGCGGCGGCGGUCUGGGCCCGAGCCUGAGCACCGGACGCCGCCAAACGGUCGACAACGCCGCGGCGGCGCUGCUGCUCCCACCGGACCGACGACGGCGCUGUGCGCACCUCCAGGCCCCGGCAGCCUCUCCCCUCCCAGCUGUGGCAGGCUGGCGCGGACCCUCCACACUCGGACGUCCGCGGCAGGUGACCAGCGCGCCUGUCAGCGUGCUCUGGCCCCGCGUCGCCGUCCGGUCUGCGGCGGCGUCGGCGCGCGCUGACAGCGUCCGCUCCGAACGUGUGCGCG